ACGAAGUUCUACGUUGUGACUGAAUGACUGAUCGCAACUUUUAGACAUACUUCAAUAGUUCAAAUAGUAUAUGACUUCUGCGUCAUUUUUAUAUUACCGAUUACCAUUUGUUUAUGGGAAAUUGUUCCCUUCAGAACUCAUACCUUAUAUUCAUGUCUUAGUAGUUCUACUUUUAUACAUCUCAUGUUUUUGUUUGUUUCUGUACACUAUUUUAAUCAAUCCCCAUCUCCUUGUCACACAUAUUGUCUUUUGAAUUAUAUUGACACUUGCAUAGUAAGAACCACAAACUGAGGCAAUAACUCUAUUAUUCUUUGACGCCUCUUUAUGACACCAGUGAAUCCUGAAAAGUACUAUUUCUCUAAGAUCCAGCUUUACGAUCCUAAUGAAAUCAUAAAUUACGGGAUUCAAAAGCAAAUUCAGAGGAAAAAGAAAAGGAAACUAGCUAAACUCGAGAAGCAGGGUAUAUUUAUUGGCAGAGACCCAAUAAAACUGUUGAAAAAAGCUAACAAGAGUUCAAAAUCGGAAACUAAUAAUACAGAUCUGACAUCUGUUGAUAUCAUUCGCAAAAAGUGGAAAAUUGCAUCACUCAGGGCUCAAGGUGUGAAGGUUAAAGAUGAUAUGUCACUUUUGAAAAAGGCAGCUGAUAAGGUACAUAAACUCAAACGGAAACGAGCUAAAAAUUGGAGGAAGCGUGUAGAGGCUAAUGAAGAAAAGAAACGUGAAAGACAGGUUAAAAGAACCACCAAUAUUCAAGCAAGAAGAACGAAAAGACUUUCAAAGAAACUGAAUAAAGCUCGUAAAAAAGGGAGGAUUUUCUUUGCCUGUGAAUAAAAGACUGUCUGAAACACUUCAUAGUACUUACUGAUGAGCAUUUUGAAAUUCAUUUAUAUUCCUUGGUUUUGGUACAAAGAGUUUGUUAAAUAACUCCUUGAGAUCGGGCACCUUGAUGUCCGAUUCCAUAGAUAGAAAAGACCAAGUUAUUAAACUGAAGUCGUCUUGUUGAAUUCAAUGACUGUUGUUGGGAUUUACGUAGGUCUACUGACUAGUGUCAGCCAAAGUCAGAAAUCCUAAGCGAUUUUACUCUAAACCGAAUGAAAUAGGGACGAUGUAUCCUGUCCGCAUCGCUUAGUUCUUGGCUAUGUUAUUACGUCACCUAUCUAAUAUGCUUUUUUGCUAAUAAACCACUAGAAUGGUACACCUUUCGUUAUUUCUUCUUUGUUCGUUAGCUUUGCCAGCGAGACUAUAAUUUAUGAACAGACCAAUAGGGUUGGGGAAAACAGGUCUUGGAUUUUGGCGCGAAAAUCACUCAUGCAUUUGCUUAAAAAGCGUUUAUGG